AUGGAACCUGCAGCGCAGAGAGAGUUUGUGCAGUCACAUAUGGAUGCUGACCUUCAGUUUAUACUAGGCGAUUCUGGUGUUGCAUUGACGCAUCAAGUCUCGAUUGCCAGGCACUAUGGAUCACUCAGGAAAUUUUCUGCAGUGGGCGACGAUCGGGCAGCUGUCAGGACUGCAUGCCUCCAUGACUUUGCACUGCCGGCAGACACGCCGGAGAACAGGUCACAGAUUGCUGCAAUUGUUUCAUCAUGGGAGACAUCAAAAGAAUACCUUGCAAAAGAAAUUGAACUCAAAGCUGAAGCGAAGGUUUUGGGGCAACCACGGGUCCUUCAGAUCCAUGAGCGUCAGGCGAUGCUGCGGGCCAUUGAGGCGGUCCACGGGACUCUAGGAGAUUCAGAGUCUCCUGCACCAGAUUAUUUGAGUUUGAAGGCUGAGGAGACAGAGGCAAACGAACCCACUGCAUCACCAUUGGAUGAGAUUUUGAGUAAACUUGCAGCUUCGAGUUCUUCCAUUCAAUCAACUGUUGAUGGUUCAGGCCACAUUAGGGUCACGAGGACCAAAACCAAGGCGAAGAUGCCUGCCUCGACAGAGGAAUAUCGGAAGGUGAUGAAGGUGGAGAUGUACGCUUGGCUUGCAAUGGCUUCAAGGUACAAGGCGAAACAUUGGUUACAUGGAUUGACUGCAGACCCUUUUCUGAGAUUUGUUGAGUACAUCUUGGGGGAUAGGGUAUUUGGAAUCCAGAUCCCAACGGGCGAGGGCAAUCUUCAGAGAAUCAAACCCGAUUGGGCCAUCGUUUUAUCAUAUGAGCAGAAGCUUCGAAAAGAAGCCAUGAGACGCGUUUUGGAAGGGCACACGUUGGCUGACGCCAUGGCCUCAGUGAUCAAGGAUGCAGAUUUGAAAGAAGCUUAUUUCACAACUCCUGUAGCGUUGAAAUCUGCUAGCAGCGACAGUCAUGGGAAUCCUUCCAAAUAUCAGCGUUUCAACUCAAAGGGUUCUUUUGGUGGCAAGACUUCCUUUGGUACUCAAAAGGGCAAAGGCAAAGGAAAGCAGAAGUCCAAGCAGACUGGAGUUUCAGAUGGACGUUUGAAAGGGCUCAAUCUUGCAUGGAGGACGCCGGACGGGCGUGAGUUGUGUUUUGCAUGGAACACAGGUGAAUGCGAUGGCAGUUGUGGCAGAGUUCAUCAGUGCAGAGUGAAAGGUUGUUACUCGGAUCAUAAGGCGGUGGAGCAUAAGCAGAAACAGGGCGUUACUGAGGCUUCUGGAGUUGCUCAGGUGAAUAGUGGUGUGACACCUGACUCACUUGAGGUCGACGAGGACUUUGAUUUGCAGGCAUGUGGCAAUGCUGGCAAGCCAAUUCAAGUUGAGUGGGAUCGGGUAUCCAGAGGAUUUGUGGAUGGCUUUGGCUUGUGCAGCCCUUCGCGUUGGCGUCCAGCGCAGAGGGGUGAGAGGAGAACGCAUCAGAUGGUCAAGUUGGCCGAUGAGACAUUUGAUUUGCUGGCGGCAUGUGUAGACAAGUGUAUUCCAGAUGUGAGGAAAGAGGCAUUCAGGCUGGUUACUGGGAAGAUACAGCAGUCACCAUUUGGAGAAUCCGUUUUGCUUGAGCUCCGAACCAAGUGGGCGGCACUACUGCCAGAUCCAGUGGACGCCUUGAAGAUAGACGAGGGCCAACCCUUCCUUCUCCGUGCCUUGUCUCAGUUUUUGAAGUCCUUCCGAGAUCCCGAUGCUCAAUGGCUUGUUGAUGAGACUGACUCCUUUGCGAGCGGUGUAUGCAUUGGGGUGGACAAGCCGCUUCCUCGUUCACCGCAGGUCUUCCCUUUGAAGACCAAACAUCGGAAAUUAGAUGAGACAGAGUUUUGUCCCAUCGCUGACAACUACCCGUCGGCACAACUGUCAUCUGAAGAGUUGGAAAAGAAGUUUAGAGAGGAGGAGCAGCUGGGUAGGAUGUUCCCAUCAAAGGUCGGUGUCCUGAAGCAGGAGUUUGGUGACCGCCUCAGGAUCGCGGCCAUGGCGGCGAUCACAAAGCCUGAUGGUUCAGUGCGGCCCUUGCACGAUGCCACGCACUCGGUCAAAGUCAACCAUGAGAUCAAGUAUAGAGACAAAAUACUAUGCCCUGGUCCCCCUGAGAUAGCAGCGAUUGUCAGGGAGACUUCUUCCACAGGUGAGGCUUGCUUCUGUGUCAGUGCAGACAUCAAGGCUGCCCAUAGACUGGUCAAGGUGCGGAGGCAGGAUUGGGGAUAUUUGUGCUGCAAAGCAGACUCGACUUCAGAUACAGUUUGGGUUAACAAGACUGGGACCUUUGGUGUAUCUAGCGCACCUUACUGGUGGGCCAAGCUUGCAGCAAUGAUUGGAAGGUUUGUUGGGUACGUCUUCCACACCCGUUGGAUGAUGCAAAUGAUUUACGUUGACGAUUUACAUGGUGCGUUUGUGGGCCAUGACAAGUUCAAAUUUUUAUGGGUGUGGUUGCUGGCAUUUGAACUGAUUGGUACACCCUUUGGUUACCACAAGUUUAAGGGGGGCCUCUCUUCAGAGUUUGUUGGUUUCCAUUUGAAAUACGAUAUUGCUGAAGUGGGCAUUUCUGAAAAGAGGGGCAACUGGCUGGUAUCUUGGAUUGAGAAGCUGGCAGAUCAAAAGUUUGUAGUGGCAGCCAGGGAGUUUGUGGAGUUCCUUGGACGUUUGAGUUUGGUGGCUCAGUUGUUGGUGUGGCUUAAACCUCAUCUUUCACCCCUUUUUGCCUGGGCGUCAGUGAUGUCGCGAAGUACAGUGGGGCGGUUGCCCGAGACGGUCAUCCUCACCUUGCGUUACAUUUUACUGGAGUUACGGGAUGAGACCUUCAUGGUGUCAACGGACAUCCCGAGGAAAUUUGAGGGUGACCAAUUCAGAACUGACGCCAAAUGUGCCACGGGAUUUGUUGUUCUGGCUGGCUGGGAGAUUUGUUCCAGAAGGUGGUUUUCCUUCAGGGUCUUGCCGAGCGAUGCUCCUUACCUUUUCAAGGAGAACGGUGACUCGCAGUGGUCAUCCACGUCAUCGGAACUGUUAGCAACACUUGCGGCACUGGAAGCUUUUGGAUGGAAGAAGGAGGAAAGACACCGCAAGGACCUUCAGGUGGCUUUGACAGCUGGGACUGAUAACAGGGCCAACGAAGCCUUGUCUGAAAAAAGGGCCACAACACGCUGGCCCCUGAUGGCCAUUAACAUGCAGCUCUCUUCCAGGCUGUCAAGGGCUCGUGCUGCUCUCAGUUUACGUUGGAGACCCAGAGAAGAGAAUACAGAAGCUGAUGAUUUGACAAAUGAGAAAUUUGAUUCGUUUGAGCCUGGUUUGAGAAUUGCUAUGUCAUUGCGAGACAUGGAGUUGCCGAUCCUCCGUGCGCUGGUGGCCACACACCUGGAGUUUGAAGAUGCGAAGCUUGCUGCAAAGAGAGACAGCAAGUUCGACUGGGGAUCGAAGAGCAAGAAGUUCGACAAGACACCUUGGUAA